AUGGAUGCCAAGUCUUCAAAUCUAGAUAUUAUUGCAAAUGUUAAACUUCCUAGACGGCCUAAUGUGAGUCAACAUAUGCGCCAAAUUGGAUCGAUCGUUUUGAGUCCUAUCCGUUUGGGUUCAAAUCGGCAAAACCAUGUGCCCUUCAAUGAAAUGGUCCCAGAGAUCUUCAAAUAA